AUAGAAAAGAAUAUAUUGAGAGUUGGAGUGGCAAGGGAUUGGAUAUGGAGAUAAUCCAAGCUAUUGGCCCCCGCCUAUUAUUGAUUCAUCAUCCAUCGCCCCCCCGUUCUCAGUUCUCCACCGGCGUUCGCACUAACCUCAUUUCUACCACUCGCGCAAUCCUCCAGAAAGGCACUUCAGAAUCAGUGGCAACAACGGCUGUUGAAAAUGACCAGUCUGUAGCAAUCAAAAAAAGGGCUACCGAGAUAGCCCCCGACUUAAAGGGAACUUCCAUAUUCUUACUUGGGAUAAAUAGUUCCUACAAAUCCAGUUUGGGGAGAAAUCUUGCCGAUGCAUUACGUUACUAUUAUUUUGACAGCGAUAGUCUGGUGGAGGAAGCCGCUGGAGGAAAAUCUGCUGCCAUAUCAUUAAUCGAGAAAGACGAAGAGGGAUAUCUUGCAUCAGAGACAGAAGUACUGAAGCAGUUGUCGUCGAUGGGUCGGAUGAUUGUUUGUGCUGGGAAUGGAGCUGUUAAAAAUUCAACUAAUUUGGCAUUACUGAGACAUGGAAUUUCAAUUUGGAUCGAUGUGCCGUUGGACUUGGUGGCGAGAGACAUAAUGGAGGAUAGGAUUCAACUUUCUGCUUUUGAUACUUCAAUGUGCAAAUCUUCUCCAGAGGUUCUUGCUCAACUGACGAUGCUGUACAAUAGCGGGCGAAGUGGAUAUUCUACAGCUGAUGCAACCAUUUCACUCCAGAAAAUAGCUUCUCAAUUGGGUUAUGAUGAACCGGAUGCGGUGACUAUGGAUGAUUUAUCUGUGGAGGUUCUUAAGGAGAUAGAAAAACUGGUGAGAGUGAAGAAGAUGAUGCAAGAGGCAGCCAGACCAUUUUAGUCUGCAAGUCAUUUAUUGGCUGGCCGGGUGGUUUUUCUUUGUGAAUCGUAUUAUUAAUGGUUUCAAUAACUAAUGAAUUUGUAAGUAGUACAAUUUCAUUUCAAGAAUAUUUGAUUAAAUAUCAAUAAUACAUACCAGCCCAUCAAAGUAGUAGGAUAUGGGCCUUCACGUUGUUCCCUGCUGGCCCAUAUGCACAUGCUAAUGUUCUCCUUCUAAAAA